UUUUUUGUAUUUUGAAGGCAGAUUUUUCCAUAUUAAGCCUCACACAUUAGUACAGCUUUCAGGCAUUUUAUCUUGAAAAUAUUUAGCACUCUUCCUCUAUCAUCACCCGAUCUAUUGUUUAAGAACGUGUACUUUAUAUGGUGGGUAAAAUUCAAUAUUUUUUUAUUGUCAACAAAUCCCUAUGAAAAGACCAAAACCAACAAAGAAUGCACCUUUUCCCUCCUGUGUGAGUAACAUUUGCUAGAAGUUGCCAGUAUCCAGUUUUUUUAGGAAAUGAGUCUUUUAAAAAAUGUGAACUAUAUAUUUGUGACAAUAGGAAUGAGUGAGCUUGGCGCUGAGUGCCACUAGCAGGAUAGGUAAGUUGGAAAGCAUAGCAGUAGAGAAAAACUCACACAUUGUUGGUAUUGGUCUUUUAAUGGGAUUUAUUGACGGUAAGAAAAAAAAAUAGAAUAACCAGUCUUAUCAUUCAAUGAUCAGGUCAAUAUGAGGUCCUGUGUUUUCUAAGAAUUAGAAGAGAAACACAUUCUAGACACCGAAACACAGCAGUGAAAACAGGACUGAAAAUUACUAGUCUUAAAUUAAAUUAAAAUGGCUCCCAAAAGACAAAAAAGACUGCACAGUAUAGAUAUAAAACUGGGUUCAGUAAAUCUUUUUAGGAUAUUCAGGAUGUUCUUCUUCUCGGCCCACUAAUUCUUUAAUCUGGUCCCUUCUCCCGGUGUUACGUUUUUGAUGCUCAACCCCGUCUGUGUUCCUUUUUGCAGCUCUCCUACGUGGAUGCGGAGGGCAGCCCCAUUGGCGUGGUCCAGAUGACCUUCUUGCGGUUGCUGAGCGCGGCAGCCAAGCAGAACCUGACAUACAACUGCUACCAGUCGGUGGCCUGGCACGACCAGGACCAGGAUAACUAUGACAAGGCCAUCCGCUUCCUGGGCUCCAAUGAUGAGGAGAUGUCUUAUGAUAACAACCCCUACAUCCGCGCCCUGGUCGAUGGCUGUGCAUUGAAAAAGGGCUAUGAAAAGACAGUACUUGAGAUCAACACACCAAAGGUGGAACAGGUGCCAUUUGUGGACAUCAUGUUCAACGACUUUGGCGGUUCCACGCAGAAGUUCGGAUUCGAAGUGGGCCCUGUCUGUUUCAUGGGCUAAGACUGUUUACUGAGCAAAUGGAGAAAAAAAAGCAUAUAAUUGUUUUCUCAGAAAAAAAAAACAUUUGAAAAAGAAUAGGACAAUUCUAUUUGUAAAAAAGUUACUUUUUUCCAUAAAGCAACAAGUAUGAGUAAAAUGAAAUCAAGUUGAGAAUACAGUGAAAUUCUAUAGGAAUAGAGGAAAACAAAAUAACCUUGAAACCUCAGUGUGCCUUCUCCAUCACAUGCAAGUUUUGAAACUGGAUGUCAGGUCCUGCCUCCUACACAACACACUCGCGCGUAACAAAACCCUAGCCCCAUGUCAUCACACUUGAUUUAGCCUCUGUUUUUUUUUUUUUUUUGACCCAAACAACGAAGGCGACCCUGAGAGCUGCAGCCGGUCCAGAUGCUCGCAGUAUUUUCCAUGGACUCCAUCUGAUUUGGCCCUUUUCUUUUCUUCAGUUCUGAUCUCAUGUUUUUCCCUCAUCUCCCUGGCUUUUUUCCACUUGCCUGUUUGUUUGCUCAUUCACUACAGGAGCUUUGUUUGUGCAUAAUUGUCUCCCCAUUCUCUUAGAAUGGAUCUUAUAUAUAUAAAUAUAUAUAAAUAAUUUUAAUGUUUGUAAGUACAUUCUGUAUAUUGUUCCUGGUAAUGUUUAUUGCUUCUGGCUUCAAAACAUGCAUGUGACUUUAUUAAUUGUGAGGUAGGAGACAAUGGAUACGGGGAUAACAUCUAAAUUGUAGAAAUAUAUCGAAAGUGAGGAAAUUUGACUUGUAAAUUGAAAAACAAAACAAAAUUUGGGAAGUCCUGUCUUGUUGCAGUUGUGGAGCACACCUUGUUGUAAUUUAAAAACAGAAUGGAAAUAAAAGACAAAAACAAGCUCUGUGAUAUUAUGUGACAGUUUGAUUUGCAUAACGAACAAAAAUAAUACAUUCCUCCUUUUGUGCCCUCUGAACAGAACACCUACCUUGGUGGCAAUAUCAUUAACUUAAUAAACAGCUUCUGUUUUUUUAUACUCAACUAUCUGACUAUGCAAUGGGAGAUGAUGUCACAUUUUAAUGAAAACACAAAGAAAUCAAAACAUAGGUGCUAUUUUCUUUCUUCUGUGGUGCUAUGUAUUUUUCUAGUUUUUGUUGUUUGAAUGAAAGGAAAUUUGUGGUGAUAAUAUUUCCAUCACCAGCAUCACCCUUGACUCUCUUGACCACCAUGUCUGACGCAGGUGGAUCUUUGCUGCAUCCAUUUUGUUUUGUUUUUUGUUCAGCUGUGGUGUUUGCAUGCCAUUUCUCUACAUAUCCACUCACAGAUCAGUGCAGCAUGGCGGCGGUAUGUUAUCUCCUGCUUCAGCGGACAGCACAGAUAUGAAACAUGUACCAAAUGUUGGAAUAACAGGAGGAAACUAAGAUGGUGCUGUUGGCUUUGCGUAUCAUUGCUCUAAGACGCUGCAUUAUGGCUCUUGCUGUUGGAUCAUCUGUGCCACAUCAAACUGAUGGAGUUGGGAAGUGGACAUGUGGUGAUUGGGCCUAAGGGAUAUGGUCCAAAGUUUGGUGUAUGAAACCCUAAACGCUGCCACCAAAGAUUUUUACGAAUAUAUUUAGCUUUAAGGGCCAUGGUGGUUUGAAAUAUUUUAUUUUUUAAUGGGAAACAACUUGAAAAGUAUUUUUCUUGAUUUAAUCACAGGAGAAGCAGGCCACCAAAUUAGAAAGAUGAAAGGGUUUGAUUAUGCAGUGUCAAAAAUUGCUUGUUGGUCUACUAUUUUUGCCCUUAUUGUAAUUAUGCUCUGUUCAAACUAUGCACUCUCUAUGCUUAUGACCACUAGUAUCUACCACAGAAUUUUACAGCCCUUCAUACAUAGGUUUGUUUCCUUUUUUUUAUCUUCAAAUAUGUGACUUGAACCAUUUCUAUUAAGAUAACUCAAUAUUGCUUGUAGAUCUUUGGCUUUAUUUGUCGUUGUGAUGCAGUACACCUAAAUUUAACACUUUGCUCUCAAUAAAAAGGACAAACAAAUUUUUGUACAUUUCCAGAACCAGCAGUGAUGCUGCCAUUGUUUUUGUUUAAUUUUUAUUUUAUUUUGUAGAUUUCCGUUUAUCUGUUUGUUUGUUUUCACAGUCUUGUCAAACCUGUGUAAGGAUAAGAGGAUAGAAGUUAUAUUGGUUUUUAUGUCAAUAAAUUCAAGUUUACUGUGGCCAUCCACUCUUGUAUGUCUUUUGAAGCAUUAAAACCUAUCUGUAUGCAUGAAAUUGUAAAGUUUUUUCUCUUGUUGUUAUAACUGUGUAGAGUGACAUGAUCUCCAGUCCACGUUUUAUUCAUCAGGAUACAUCAGUUUUUCAAUGGUCAUGUCCACAAUUGUGAAGUGGAGAGAAAAUGAUGAACUUGUAACUCUACCAAAGCCAAUGUUCAUUUGUAGUAUAUUUAUUGUAUUAUUUAAAAUAAAAAAAUAAAUGUUAAAUGAUA